AUGGAUAUCUCAGCACUGAUGGAAGUGGGGACCUGCUGGGUGGCCUCAGAGGAGGUGUCCUUAGUGGUGGUGGUGGUGGUCUGCUUGGUGGUAUUACUGGUGGUCUGCUGGGUGGUGGUGGUGGUGGUGGUGAAGGGCUGCUGGGAGGACUGGGAUGGCAGCCCUGUGGGGGUUGCUGGAAGAGCACAGGGACAAGGAGGUCUGCUUGGCAACGGAGGUCUCCUCGGCACAGCGGGGAUCUUCAGUGGCUCUGGUGGCCUUCUUGGCAGAGCAGGGCUCCUGGGAAAUGGAGGGCUGCUGGGAGGCAGCGGCCUGCUCGGCGUCCUCGGGGAAGGUGGCUUGCUCAGCACCAUCCAGGGGCUCACCGGGCUGAGGAUCGUGGAGGAGAUGCUGCCCAGGGUGUCCCUGAGGCUCCUGCCUGGCACUGGUGCCAACCUGAACCUCUACACCCGGGUGGCCCUCAAUGGUAAGAGCCUCUCGAGUUUGCUCGACAUCACCGUGGAGGUGAACAUCACAGCAAGGGUCAGGCUGACCAUGGAUGGCAUGGGCUACCCCGAACUGGUGACAGAGAGAUGUGACACGCUCCUCAGUGGCAUUAAAAUCAGACUCCUGAGCAGCCUGCUCCCAAUUGUGGAUAAUUUAUUGGCAAGCGUCCUGAACAGACUUCUUCCUAAUCUGCUCUGCCUGGUGGUCGACAUCACCCUGAGACUUGUCAAUGACCAGCUGGAACUUGUGAACUCACUGGUGCCCCUGGGUUUGCUGGGCAGCAUCCAGUACACUGUGUUCAGCCUUCCCCUGCUAACAGGCCAGUUCCUUGAGGUGGACUUGAAUACUGUUGUUGGGGGAGCAGCUGGAGGCCUGGUGGACUAUCUGCUGGGAAAGCCAGAGACUGUCUCCAAACCCCCAUGGGUCCCCAUACCACCCUUGCCACCCAUGGCAGACACGAGCUCCUCCCAACUGGGCCUCUCAGUGAACUUCCUCAGCUCAGUGCUGGCUGUCCUGCAGGUGGAGGGUGCCCUGGACCUGGACAUCUUCACUGGCAUGUUUCCUGAGCUCCCACCACUGACGACGUGGACACUUUGAGCUCUGGUUCUUGUGUUUGUGAUAAUGACUAAGCUGGCAGAAAAGGACUGGGAGUUUUUUCAUGAUCUCGGUGACCAGAAUUCAGAGCAAUUUUCAGCUUUCCAGACCUCGUCUCGGCUGGUGUAA